UGGGCUGUACACACACAAACACACAUCCACUGGAACCGGCGGAUGAACUUCAGCUGGCUAAUGGAUUAACGCACCAGACAGAUAUCAAAAACGCACAGCAUACUAUGAACUCCAGAUGUCAAUGUAUUGGAAGAAAACACCCACCCACCCACGAAGGAAUGACUCACAGUUUAAAGUAGUUGAAUAAGCAAGCGCCGGUGCGGACGGGGAGAUUCUGCGUGGGGUGUUUGACUUCUUUCGGGUACUUAAAAACUGUGGAUUUUAUGGGGAAGAGAAGUGUCGAGUUCGACCCGCCAAACGGACUGACAGUUGCUGCGCGAGGCGCUGGUGUCAGAUAUGGAUAGCGCGCGGGACACCUCUGGACGCUGGUGCGCAUCUUCAUAAAGUGCGACACUUCGAGACUGACGAGGCCUAAAACUUAAUUUGUCCUGAGUCAAAGUUGCUAACAAACGAAGGACGAACAGGACACAGUCGCUUCUUCCCAACCAACAAGCUCAUUUAGGGAGAAUAGUUUUGAGGGAAAGUACUUUAACAAGUCUUCACAGGAAGAAGUAGGAGAAGAUGCGUCAAGAGGUCGCGUGGAGAUUUCAGAUGCUGCUGGUGAUUUGGUCAACACUUCUCGUUAGUUUGGGGACAGGGUUUCCUACCAGACACAAGAAUGUUGGCCACAAGGCGCAUGGCCACAUGAUUCACAGCGGUGGGGUCCAAUAUGUCCCUGAGACUUUGGAGCAGCAGAACCAGGUCCAGAGUCUCUUGCCUGAGCCCCACAGCCACCAGAGGAGGUGGUCCCACCCGCAGCACCGCUCAGUUGGUGUUCUACCACAGCCUGAGCCUGAGGAAGAGACCAAACCCUUCAUCCUUGAUCUCAAGAACUUUCCAGACCUGGCCAAUGCUGACAUCAACUCGCAGAACCCCAACAUACAGGUAACCAUUGAGGUGGUGGACGACCCCCAGAUGGAGGUAGAGAUGGACCUGGCCAAGGAAAAAGACUGGUUGCCCUCCUCUUCCUCCUCCCCCUCUUCAACAGUAGAUUGGCUUGGAGGCAAGAAGCUUUUCUGGCCCCUUUUCUGGAGUUACACCGACGCCGAUUCCAGCGAGGACAGCAGCAGCCGGUCAGGCGUGGAGGAAACUGGCGAGGAAGAGGAGGAGGAAGAUUACUCCCUGGAUUACGGCAGCGAGGAGCCCUUACCCAGCGGAGUGGGGGGAGACUGGGAUACGCAUUGGAACGAAGGCUGGGAUCCAAUGCAGAGCUACUAUGAGAAGGAGACAGAUGAGUGGACACCAUGGUCUCCCUGUUCAGUGACAUGUGGACAUGGUGAGAGAAAGAGGACCAAGUCCUGUGGUUACUCCUGCACCCUGACAGAAGCCUCUAAGUGUGACCUGGAGCCUUGUCCUGGUGAUGUCAACACAGUUGUGGAGCCUUUCCCUUUUGAGAUGGAGAAUGGCACAGAGCCAUUUGGGACUGAUGUGGACAGCUGUGAGAAGUGGCUCAACUGUAAGAGUGAGUUCCUUCAAAGGUACCUCCACCAGGUCUUGUCUGAGCUGCCCAGCUGCCCCUGCUCAUACCCCUCUGAAGUGGCGUAUACUGUGGUCAGUGUCUACGAUGAGACUCACGGCCGGUUGUUCCGCUGGCGUGAUGCUAGUGGCGCCAAGGAGCGCCUAGACAUCUACAAACCAUCAGCGCGCAGCUGCAUCCGCUCAGCACUUUCGGGUGACUUAUCAACUCUCGCAGCGCAGCACUGUUGUUACGACGAUCGCGGGCGGCUGAUCACGCGGGGGAAAGGCGCAGGCACGCCUAACCUGAUCAGUACUGAGUUCUCACCUGAGCUGCACUUCAAAGUGGAUGUGCUGCCUUGGAUCCUGUGCAAGGGAGACUGGAGUCGCUUCCAUGCGGUGCGGCCACCCAAUAAUGGAUUGAGCUGCCCAGAAAACCCACAUGAAGACGUGUUCAUGAAUGAACUGGAAGAGGCCAGGGAGUACUGAGGGACCACAGCCAAAACUACCACUUCACUCAGAGAGUCAGAGGGCCCAAUCCUAAUUUGAGGGGCGACUGCUUUGAGAGGGGUCAUGAAAUCUCAUCUAAACCAUGCAUCAUGCAUUAAACAUGCAUUGACUGAGAAGAAAUGCACAUUUGUGAUUGGGAGAUUUGUGGGGUGAUUGUGAAGUGUGGCUGUCUCAAGUUAGGAUUUGGCACAGUGUCCUGAUAUCAGGCUUGACUGAACUGAACUGUUUUACAAGAAUGGAAAAAAAAAAAAAAAGCAGUGUUCUCCCAUCGCUUGCCAACCUGUUCCACAUCUGGCAUGACAUCAAGCUCUCUCUCUCUCAUUAUAUUCAGUACACUCUCCUGGGUGCGUGUAAGCAUGGUGUCUACCUACUGGCUUGUCUGAUGGUGUCCUGGAGUGCUUGUGAUUGAUAAUGGCGACAUAUGGUAAACAUCCUGACCAUGCUUCUUGUAGGUUUUACAUUAGGAAAUGUAUGAAUGUGGGCUGGUUAUGUUGAUGAAACAAACACAUGCAUGGGAGGAGUCGAACAGAUGAAUAUCCCAACUAUGCUGCUACAAUAUAAAAUCCUUCAGGUUUUACAAAGGUAUUAAGGGGAACAAGACAACAGGACAUCGGUAGACCCAAAAGAUGCCACAUGCAUUCACAGUAAUGUAUAUUUCAGCCAAUCUUUUGGGACACUAAAACUAGUAAUGUUUGGGAUCUCAACCAGAGAUGUAAGCUAAAAGGAUUUGAAACAAUCUGCUGUCAUUAAUCAAGCUUGCUAGUGAGAAUUAUGAGAUUAGCCCAUAAGCAGUAAUGGUACGGGAACAGCACAUUUGAUUUCAAAUGUUUUGUCACACAGAUUGAUUUCAUGUGUUUCCUCAUAUUUCCACAGCCAGGAAGAAAUAUGAUCUGGGUGCCAAAGAGUUAAAAAUCAGACUGUGGUGCCUGUGUAAAUCCAGCCUCCUGAGUCUCUAUGGUGCAAAUGUAGGAAAAAAAACUCUACAGUGAAUAGAUUAAGCUCAUAGAUGUGUCUCUACAACAUUCUCAGGGGGACUACUGACCAUGAUCAACAAAAUUGUUAAUUUACCUCGACAGUGGAGCACUAUUGGAACUAGUACAAAGUGUAAUGGGGUAAAGAUUAGUAUGAGGGUAUCGAAUGUGUAAUCCAGAUUGGAAUCGAUGAAUAGAUAAUGCUUUCAGAAAGCAACCCUUAUAACUGAAUAGUUGUUAAUGCAUUGUGUACGGAUGGAUGUCAUUGCUGUUUAAGCUGUUGGUUUAGGGUCUUUGGGUUUAUGUACAGAACUUGAUUGGAUAGAAAGGACAUUCCUACUCAAAUCAACAUUCCUGAGGGGUCAUGUAGUUGGAGCCUUUAUAUAGUGCAAAGGAUUGAAAAGACUGAUGUUUAACCAUUAGCAGAGUUUGUUUUAGCAUUGAAGCAGUAGUUGUGUUAAAUUUCUGCAACGCCCACAUUGGCAGUAAUCUACUAAGUAAUUUACUUAGAAAUACCUUUUAAACUCCAGGAAUUGCCCUUUCUAUCCAGUCUAAUAAUUGUAUGGAUGUUCGCUCCAAACCUUUUUUCAGGAAUUCUGCUUCCAGAUGUGUAAAUGCGAACACACAUUUACAUUUUGGAAUCACCGAUUUUAAAGGAAGGCACUUUAUUUAAGGUAUAUAUAUAUAUAUAUAUAUAUAUAUAUAUAUACAUAUAUAUACAAAAGAUAUAUCAAAAUGUACUCUUGUUUGCCAUUUGCUGAUGAUAGUGUUAUUGUGAAGGGAAACUCGUCAGAAAUGCUGCAUUGUUCUAUGAAAGUGCAUAUGUCAAGUGUUCUGUUGAGGAAGGCAUGAUCUUUUUGUGAUUUCUGAAUCUAGUAUCACAUAUAUGGUGUUGUACAGUAUUUAUUUGUCCGUUCUCUUUUUUUUAAAAGUUUGCUGAAGCUUUGAAAUGUCUCAUGCUCAACAUGGUGCACUAAUCGGACUGAGAAAUGACGGCACCCGUUAUCAAAAGGGAAACCACUUUCUUCAUAUCACUUCACUUCAUCAACAUCAAGUGUAUGUGUUUCAUUCUACUUUGUACUGCAGUGCUCUAUGAAUAUGUUGUUGCAAUUAUGCUGAAGAAAUAUAUAAAGACCUUGCAUUCAU